UAGAAAAUGGACAAUUGGAGAGAAAGAAACAAAGAAAAGAGUUUUUCUCUCUCUUAGAAUCCAUUGCACAGGUCGUUGCGCGCUCUCGCAUCGGUCCCAACAUCCAUUGCUACGCCUCGUUGCCCUUUCCCUUCACUCUCAACCAGCAUUCUCCUUCUUCUUCAUCAGAUCUACACUCUCCAUCGAUUUCACUCUCAGGGAUGCAGUGUUCUAAGGAUGGGUUUGAAUGAGUUCUGGUGGUUACCUCAACCGAUAACAAAACCAGAAGGAAUUGCCCCUGGGAGUUUUUUGGUUAAGUAUUGGAGAAGAUGUCUGCAUUCUCACCAUAAAAAUUGGGUAUGGGAAAAUUACUAGCAGCGGGUUUAAUGGUUGUGCUGCUUAUAAAUCUUUGGGAAUUUUUCUCCCUGACUGUACCCAAUUUUAUGCUUUAAAAUACUAGAAGCAUGGCUUUGAGUUUCUUAUGAGCUGGGAAGAGAAGUGGAAGCUUUUCUUUCAGAGGCCUAUCUAUGAAAGGGAAAUUGGGCGAUUAACAGAGCUCAUCAUCCUUUUGGAGAAGCAAAAUAUAAGUAAUCUCUCUGAACAUCUACCAUGGACGCUACACCUGUCUGGAAUCUCACUUACAGUUUCGUCUUCCAUAAUUUGUACACAAGUGUGAAAAGCCUCAAAAGAAUCAGACUUAUCUUCUAAGAUUCUCCUAUUUCUUUCUUUCCAAAUCUCACUAACAAAUUCAAGCAAACCACGACCCCACAAAAUUUUGUGUUUCCCUUUAAGGUAUCAGCCGUUGAGGACUUCUAAGAGCCAAUCCUCAAUCACAUCUGGACGGCAUACACAACAGCCAAACACUCUAUGGAGAAGGGCCCACCAUCAUGAAGCAGAAGGGAAUCUAAAGAAAAGGUGCUCGAUUGUCUCCUGUCGCUUCAAACACACGGAGCAAACUGAAGGAGAACUGUCAAAUGGAUGGACCAACUGGUCGCAGCGGCGGUGGCAUGGAUAUGAAUGUGCCAAACUAUAAGCUUGGGAAAACCCUUGGCAUUGGUUCAUUUGGGAAAGUGAAAAUUGCCGAACAUGCUUUAACUGGUCAUAAAGUUGCUAUUAAGAUCCUUAACCGCCGAAAGAUAAAAAACUUGGAUAUGGAAGAAAAAGUGAGAAGAGAGAUUAAAAUAUUGAGAUUGUUCAUGCAUCCUCACAUUAUACGGCUCUAUGAGGUUAUAGAGACCCCUUCGGACAUUUAUGUUGUGAUGGAGUAUGUAAAAUCUGGGGAGCUCUUUGACUAUAUUGUAGAAAAGGGAAGGUUGCAGGAGGAUGAAGCCCGCAAUUUUUUCCAACAGAUCAUCUCUGGUGUGGAGUACUGCCACAGGAAUAUGGUAGUUCACAGAGAUCUCAAGCCAGAGAACUUGCUUUUGGACUCCAAAUGUAAUGUGAAGAUUGCUGAUUUUGGUUUGAGCAACAUAAUGCGUGAUGGUCACUUUCUGAAGACAAGUUGUGGGAGUCCCAAUUAUGCUGCCCCAGAGGUCAUCUCUGGGAAAUUAUAUGCUGGACCUGAAGUAGAUGUCUGGAGCUGUGGUGUGAUUUUGUACGCUCUUCUAUGUGGCACUCUUCCUUUUGACGAUGAAAACAUUCCCAACCUAUUCAAGAAAAUAAAGGGUGGAAUCUAUACACUUCCAAGUCAUUUAUCAUCUGGUGCUAGAGAACUGAUUCCUAGUAUGCUGGUGGUUGACCCAAUGAAGCGCAUCACGAUCCCCGAGAUUCGCCAGCACCCAUGGUUUCAGGCUCAUCUUCCACGCUAUUUGGCCGUGCCUCCACCUGAUACAAUGCAACAGGCAAAAAAGAUUGAUGAAGACAUUCUUCAGGAGGUUGUAAAGAUGGGAUUUGACAGGAACCAGCUGGUGGAGUCUCUUCGUAACCGAAUUCAAAAUGAGGCUACUGUUGCUUAUUAUUUGUUGCUGGACAACCGGUUCCGUGUUUCUAGUGGCUAUCUUGGAGCUGAGUUUCAGGAGACUAUGGAAACUGGAUUCAACCGUAUGCACCCUGGUGAUCCUACAAAUCCUGCUGUAGGACACCGUCUUCCUGGAUAUAUGGAUUAUCAAGGAAUGGGCUUAAGGUCACAGUUUCCUGUUGAGAGGAAGUGGGCUCUGGGAUUACAGUCUCGAGCUCAUCCUCGUGAAAUUAUGACUGAAGUUCUUAAGGCCCUACGGGAGCUUAAUGUGGCUUGGAAGAAGAUUGGGCACUACAAUAUGAAAUGUAGAUGGCUACCUGGAAUUCCAGGCCAUCAUGAAGGCAUGAUCAACAACCCUGUGCAUAGUAAUCAUUACUUUGGGGACGAGUCUACCAUCAUUGAAAACGACGGCGUUGUAAAAUCACCGAAUGUUAUUAAGUUCGAAGUACAGCUGUACAAAACACGCGAAGAGAAGUAUUUGCUUGAUCUACAGAGGGUUCAAGGCCCCCAGUUUCUUUUCCUGGAUCUUUGUGCUGCCUUCCUUGCCCAGCUUCGAGUCCUCUAAAAAGCACAUAAUUUCAACUCAUGGGAUGAUGAGCUUGUGAAUGAAGAUUUCACAUGCAUAACUUAUUUAUCAUCUUACAGAAUCUUAGUUCUUCUUCCCUCUUUAGAUGGAUAGUUCAGUCUUGUGUAAAUCUGAUUUUCGGUAGUAGAAGUUGUCGAUCUCGGCAUCCAAUAUUGAUUGGUGAUGCCCGUUACCUUGCCCCUCUUCAUUACCAACAAAAAGGAAAAAAAAAAAUCUAUUUAACUUCUUAUGAAGUGUUGUAAUUUAAAGACA